ACGUCACCUGUUUGUGAUCGUCUGUCAAAGAUGGCGGACACGUCUGCGCGGAUCACUCACAGCUAACCAAAGAAACCAGCUCGUUUACCGCGUUAACCAGGUCAACCAGGACUGUUCGCUGCCGUUGUGUGACGUCAUGGACGGAGAUGACGGAGUAGAGAUCACUGAUGACGACACUUAUCAGGUGGAAACAAACCCGCCGAAGAACCAGGACCUGAGCUCGCUGAGCAUGAUGGCAGGUGAGAUUCUGUCUCAGUACGGCUGGUUCCUGCUGCUCGGCUCUGCGCUGCUUUACCUGCUCGUCCAGUACCUGAGCAAGAAGAGAUCCAGCCAGGCUCACCGCAGCGCCACCGCGCUGACCCCGCAGGAUGCUGCUGUUGUGGAAAGACGACAUGAGGCCAUGGAAGCUGCUCGCAGAAAGAUGCAGGAGGAGCUGGACGCCAAGGCGGCCAUUUUUAAAGAGAAACAGAGACAGCAGGAAGAAGAGAAGCGGCAGCAGAAGAUUGAGGUGUGGGAGAAUCUUCAGCUCGGGAAAAGUAAUAAAGGAGCUGCCAAACUUUCUCAGAAGAGUGAAGAUGUGACUUCAUCAUCAUCAUCAUCGUCAUCAUCAUCAUCAUCAUCAGUGAAACCAAAGACAGAGAAGAGGCCGCUCCGCAGCACAGACUACAACCCUCUGACUGGAGAGGGAGGAGCUUCUUGCUCGUGGAGACCCGGCAGGAGAGGACCAUCAUCUGGUGGAUGAGGUUAAAGAAGGUCAGAGGUGCUGGGUCUGUGUGUGACCUUUGACCUCUGACCUUCUCAUUGUGCACACGUGACUGACUGAAAUAAGCCGACGACGUCGCCUGCUCUUCUUAUAAGAACCUUUUUUUUCACAUUUACUUUUUCCCUCGUAAAAACGUUGAAUUAUGCCUUUAAAGUUUCACUGAGGGGCGGAGUUAAAGCUUUUCAUGACGUCAUUCCUGUCAACGGUGCGCCACCUGCAGGUGUGACUGAUGAAUUUCACAGUCUGUGUGCUUCCUUAUCUGUUCUAACACCAGCAGCUUUAGCUGGAGGGGCGGGGCUAUGUCAUACGAUGACAUCAUAGGAUGUCAGUUACAGAGGGUAUAUGUAUUCAUCAUUAACACAAUCUAAAUAAAAAUAAUUUGGGUAAAA